ACCUUCAAACCCCUGGGGACGCAAUUCAUCAACGGACCAAGAUGGCGGCCUCCAGUGAGGGGCAGGAAUUUGCCGCGGGGGUUCAAAAGAAUUGGGGUGUUGUUCGUUCCCCAGAAGGAACACCCCAGAAAAUACGGCAGCUGAUCGAUGAGGGGAUUGCCUCGGAAGAGGGAGGAGCAGAGGCAAAGGACAUGUCUGCCACAUUCCAGUCCGUUAAUGGAUCACCUCAAGCAGAGCAUCCUCCACUGGAAUCUACAAGUAAAGAAGCCUUCUUUAGCAGAGUAGAAACAUUUUCUUCUUUGAAAUGGGCAGGCAAGCCCCCUGAGCUGUCCCCACUCAUGUGUGCAAAAUAUGGCUGGGUCACAGUUGAGUGUGACAUGCUCAAGUGCUCCAGCUGUCAGGCUUUUCUCUGUGCCAGUUUACAGCCAGCUUUUGACUUUGACAGAUAUAAGGAACGAUGUGAUGAGCUGAAGAAAUCUUUGUGUACUGCCCAUGAGAAGUUCUGUUUUUGGCCAGACAGCCCCUGUCCAGAUCGAUUUGGGAUGUUGCCAUUGGAUGAACCUGCGGUUCUAAUCAGUGACUUCCUUGAUAGAUUUCAAAGCCUUUGUCACCUGGAUCUCCAGCUCCCUUCCCUGAGGCCAGAAGACUUAAAAACUAUGUGCUUGACAGAAGACAAGGUCAGCCUUCUGCUAAACCUGCUUGAAGAGGAACUUGAUCAUCGAACUGAUGAGACAAAAGCUACAAGCAAAUUGGGCUCAGACGUCCAGGUCCACAUCACUGCCUGUAUUCUCUCUGUGUGCGGCUGGGCAUGUAGUUCAUCUCUGGAACCCAUGCAGCUCUCGCUGAUAACCUGCUCACAGUGUAUGAGGAAGGUGGGGCUCUGGGGCUUCCAGCAGAUUGAGUCAUCCAUGACCGACCUGGAUUCGUCCUUUGGCCAGACCAGCUCCCCCAUCACAGGUCCUGAGGGUCGGCCAGACCGCUUCCCUCCGGUACCCGAAUCUCCUCGAAGGAUAAUGACCCGGAGCCAGGAUGCCUCAUUUUCCCCGUGCUCAGAGCAGGCUGAAAAGAGCCCAGGUCCCACUGUCUCCCGAACACGGAGCUGGGACUCUUCCAGUCCCGUGGACCGACUGGAGCCAGAAGCAGCCAGCCCCACCCCCAGAACCCGCCCUGUGACCCGGAGCAUGGGAGGAGGGGAUGCUGCUGGCCUAGAAGUGCCGACCAGCCCUCUGCGGAGAGCCAAGCGCGCUCGCCUCUGCUCCUCAGGCAGCUCGGACACAUCUUCAAGAAGCUUCUUUGAUCCCACGUCUCAGCACAGAGACUGGUGCCCAUGGGUGAACAGCACACUUGGCAGAGAAGCCGAGGAAAAUAGGGGAACAGAGCAGGAUGCCAGCACCCCAGUAGAACCGGGCUGGAAGGCAGUGCUGACCAUGCUGCUGGCACAUAAGCAGUCCAGCCAGCCAGCUGACGCGGACCCCAUGAGUCUAUCUGAGAAGUCAAGGAAAGUAUUCCGAAUAUUCCGGCAGUGGGAAUCUUUAUGUUCAUCCUGAAGAUGUUCCAGCCCCUCUCGGGAGAGAAUUGGAAUGAGAGCAACUUUGUGAAAAAUUAAUUUGGGCUUUAUCAUAAGGAGGCCCGGCCAUUGCAAAGGCAGUGAGUGUCAGUCAUCCACAUGUUGAGGGGAAACCUGAGUUCUUGGGGGAAGUGGACAGAGAAAGAUAGCGCAGGCGCUGUUCUGUUAGGGACUUAACGACUACAGAGUUAUGAAGCCAGGUGAAGGAAGACUAAGGAUCAGAUCACUUACUUCAGCAGCUUUGGUGUAGGCAGUGUUCUGAGUCCCCAUAUACCCCAGGAGUAUGGCUGUGUGUUAAUAAAAUAUUUGCUAAGA